GCGCCCGUCAAUCUAUCUCAAAAAGACAAAAAAAAGACAUUUUUGCAACUUUCUAACAGUUUUCUUAUCAGCACUUGCCAUCUGCACUGCGUUACGGUUUUAUCUCUGAAAAUUUGAAAGAUGUAUGUAAUUGAAGAUAAAGGAGGAGCGAUUGCUCUAAUGAUAGUUUCUUUGCUAUUUUUGGGGACAUGGCCUGCUGUUUUGACACUAUUAGAGAGAAGAGGUCGUCUUCCUCAACACACAUAUCUUGAUUACUCCUUUACUAAUCUCAUGGCGGCAUUUCUGAUUGCUCUCACUUUUGGUCAAAUUGGGGAUGACAAACCUAAUCAGCCUAAUUUCUUUGCUCAGCUUUCCCAGGAUAACUUGCCUUCAGUGUUGUUUGCAAUGUUUGGUGGGAUUGUGCUGAGUCUUGGGAAUCUAUCAACACAAUAUGCUUGGGCCUAUGUUGGUCUUUCAGUAACAGAAGUGAUAACUUGUAGCAUAACAGUGGUGAUAGGAACGACUAUGAAUUAUUUCUUAGACGGUCGAAUCAAUAAAGCUGAGAUUUUGUUCCCUGGAGUUGGAUGCUUUUUGGUUGCUGUUUUUCUUGGAUCUGCUGUUCAUUCCUCCAAUGCAGCUGAUAAUAAAGAGAAAUUAAGUGGCUCCUCAUGCAGCAAAAGUGGAAAUGCUUGUGCCUUGGGAGAUUGCAAGGAUGGCAGCAAGGAACCCAAGAAAGAUGUAGAAAAGGAAUUAGAGAUGGGGGCCUGUAGUUUAUCUAACUCCAAGGCCGAGAAAUCAAAAGCUGGCACAGCUGAGUUCCUUUUAGAACUUGAAGAGCGGAGAUCAAUCAAGGUCGUUGGUUCAAACGUGCUUCUAGGCCUCUCCAUCGUGUUCUUCGCCGGAAUCUGCUUCUCGCUCUUCUCUCCAGCAUUCAAUUUGGCCACAAAUGACCAAUGGCACACCCUAAAGAAGGGUGUGCCCCAUCUCGUCGUCUAUACGGCAUUUUUCUACUUUGCAAUCUCGAGUUUUGUCGUCGCAAUUGCUCUAAAUUUAGUGUUUCUUUACAGGCCCAUUUUUGGGCUACCAAGAUCGUCUUUUAAAGCUUACGUUCGGGAUUGGAACGGCCGGCAAUGGGCUCUUAUCGGCGGUCUUCUUUGCGGGUUCGGAAAUGGCUUUCAGUUCAUGGGUGGCCAAACCGCUGGAUAUGCUGCAGCAGAUGCUGUUCAGGCUUUACCACUUGUCAGCACUUUCUGGGGCAUACUUCUUUUUGGCGAGUAUCGAAAAUCAUCGAAAAAAACCUAUAUUUUGCUCGUAAGCAUGCUGAUUAUGUUCGUCGUCGCUGUCGCCGUCCUAAUGGCUUCUUCUGGACAUAGAAAGCCUUGAAGUAACAGUGCUCUUUUGGUGCAGCAGCAAAUGAGGAACUGAGUUGUUUUGCAUUUCAUGUGCUUCAUCAUGGAGUAAAAAACUGCUCUUUUGCUGCAACUUCAGAGUUAGUAUCAAUUCAUCAUAAAUGAAAUUUACAAGGCUGCUUUCAGUGGAGUAACAGUUCAUCAAUUCAUCAUAAAUGUAAUUCUUUGCUUUUGCAAUAUGCUUCUAUGCCUCAUGUGACCAAUUUAAUAGUUUGUAUAUGUUUGGAAUGAAUAACAGCUUGUUUUAUUUGUAA